UUUGAUGGUCACUAUGAUCAUUGGAGCAUGUUGAUGGAGAAUUUCUUGAGGUCCAAAGAGUAUUGGGAUGUGGUUGAGUCUGGAGUAGCAGAACCAACUGCUAGGAUGUCAGAAGCUCAGAAGGCAGAGUUGGAAGCUUUAAAAUUGAAGGAUCUCAAAGCCAAAAAUUAUCUCUUUCAAGCAAUUGAUCGGACAAUCUUAGAGACUAUUCUUUGCAAAGAUACCUCCAAGCAAAUUUGGGAUUCAAUGAAGAAAAAGACAAUGGCAAUUCUCAACAAAUUGAGGACCCAUGGUGAUAAGACACAAGAUGUUACUGUUGUUGAGAAGAUACUACGUUCAAUGACACCAAAAUAUAAUUUUGUUAUCUGUGCCAUUGAGGAGGCAAAUGAUCUUAUGAAAUGUCACUUGAAGAACUUGAAAGUUCCUUGCUGGUACAUGAAAGGAAAGGAAGAGGCAGAGGUAGAGGAAGAAAUCAGCAAACUUAGUUUUUUGAAGGAAGAGGAAGGGGGCGUGGCAGAUUUCAGAUUUCCUACAGACCAAAGUCAGCAGAUAAGUCCAAAGUUGAGUGCUUUCGGUGCCACAAGGUCUAAUAAGAACCUAUGGUAUUUAGACACUGGUUGCAGCAAUCAUAUGUGCAGAGACAAGGCAGCUUUCUUCCCCUUGGAUGAAUCUUUCAAAGAUAAUGUGAAGUUCGGAGACAAUUCUAAAGUCUCAGUUAGGGGAAGAGGACAGGUGACCAUUCAAAUCAGGGGUAAUGCUGCUCAAACAAUUUCUAAUGUCUUUUAUGUUCCAGAAUUGAAGACCAAUCUGCUAAGUAUUGGUCAAUUGCAAGAGAAGGGUUAUGAGAUUAUCAUCAAGAAUGGAGUGUGCCGGAUUCAAGAUUCCAAAUUUGGCUUAAUUGCUCAAGUUAAAAUGACUGCUAAUAGAAUGUUUCCUCUUCAUCUCAACUGUGCUAGUCAGUCAUGCUUCUCAGUAAAGACAAAUGAUGUGGCUUGGCUGUGGCAUUCUCGCUAUGGUCAUCUAAACUUUGGUGGGCUUAAGCAACUUCAACAAAAGAACAUGGUGACUGGUCUGCCUGUUUUUGAAAGUCCCUCAACUGUUUGUGAAGAAUGUGUUGUUAGCAAGCAACACCGUGAUCCAUUUCCAAAGGGGAGAUCAACCAGAGCAAGAAGGCUAUUGGAGAUUGUAUACCCUGAUAUUUGUGGACCAAUUAAUCCAGUUUCUAAUGGAGUCAACUGGAGCAUUCAUAUUCUGAACAGAAGUCCAACUUUUGCUAUUCAAAAUAUGACACUUGAGGAAGCAUGGAGUGGAAGAAAACCAGGUGUGGAUCAUUUUAAAAUUUUUGGCUGUAUUGCUUAUGCUCACAUUCUAGAUGAGAAGAGGAAGAAGUUAGAUGACAAAGGAGAAAAGUCCAUCUUUCUUGGUGUUAGCAAUAAUUCCAAAGCAUACAAGCGGUACAAUCCAAACACCAAGAAAAUCAUCGUUAGUCGAGAUGUGAUUUUUGAUGAAGGAAAAUUCUGGGAAUGGGAUGAAGGCAAAGCUGAACAAAAGAUUUCAAUUGGUUUUGAUGGUGAAAUUGAAGAGGAAAAACAGCAGCAACCCAUAGAGAAUGAGCAACAAACAUCAGAGAAUCAAAGCAUCAUUCCAGUAGCUCCAGCAACUCCACCAACUCUCAUUCCAGAAGCUGAAUCAGAUGAUGGACAGCGACCUCAACGUGUCAGGAAAAGACCUACAUGGAUGCUUGAUUAUGAGGCCAUGGAUGAAGAAAUUGCAACCAUUGAAAGAAAUAAUUCUUGGGAACUAACUGAGCUUCCGAAAGGCAAGAAGACCAUUGGUGUGAAAUGGGUGUACAAGACAAAGUUGAAAGAGAAUGGAGAAGUUGACAAGUAUAAGGCACGCCUAGUUGCUAAAGGCUACAAGCAGGAGUUUGGGGUUGAUUAUCAAGAAGUCUUUGCUCCAGUUGCGAGGCAUGAUACAAUCAGAUUGGUGAUCUCUUUAGCAGCACAAAACUCAUGGCCUGUUUUUCAACUUGAUGUAAAAUCAGCCUUCUUGCAUGGAGACUUGGAUGAGCAGGUAUUUAUUGAACAACCCCCUGGUUAUGUUAAAGUUGGAAAUGAGCAUAAAGUGUAUAAGUUGAAAAGAGCACUUUAUGGACUAAAACAAGCCCCACGGGCUUGGUAUAGUCGUAUUGAAGCAUAUUUUUUGAAUGAGGGAUUUCAAAAAUGCCCUUAUGAGCAUACACUCUUUACAAAAAUAGAAGGUGGGAAAAUGCUCAUUGUUUGCUUGUAUGUGGAUGACUUGAUCUAUACUGGAAAUGACAAGGCUAUGUUUGAUCAAUUAAAGAAGUCUAUGAUGGCUGAAUUUGACAUGUCUGAUCUUGGUUUGAUGCAUUAUUAUCUUGGCAUAGAAGUUGAUCAAUAUGCUGCUGGUAUCUUUAUUUCUCAGAAAAAGUAUGUUCAAGACAUUUUGGACAGGUUUAGAAUGAAGGACUGCAAUCCUGUCAGCACACCAAUUGAUGCAGGAAUGAAGCUUGUUAAAAAUCCUGAAGGGAAGAAAGUCAACAGCACUUUGUACAAGCAAAUAGUGGGAAGUUUGAUGUAUUUAACUGCUACAAGGCCAGAUAUCAUGCAUGCUGUGAGCCUUAUCAGCAGAUACAUGGAAAGUCCAAAAGAAAUGCAUCUCUUGGCAGCAAAAAGAAUUCUCAGGUACUUGAAAGGUACGGUUGAGUAUGGUCUAUUUUAUAAGAAAAGAGAAAAGUCAGACAUGUUUGGCUUUACAAAUAGCGAUUUUGCAAGGGAUGUUGAUGAUAGAAAAAGCACAUAUGGUUAUGUUUUUAUGAUGGGUACAGCAGCUGUUUCAUGGUCAUCAAGAAAGCAACCGAUUGUGACUUUAUCAACAACUGAAGUUGAAUUUGUAGCAGCGACUUCAUGUGCUUGCCAAGCAAUAUGGUUGUUGAGAAUUCUUGAAGAAUGUCAUUUCAAGCAAGAGGAACCUCUUAUUAUUUUUUGUGACAGUAACUCAACAAUUAAGUUGUCCAAGAAUCCAAUUCUUCAUGGAAGAUGCAAGCAUAUAGAUGUGAGGAAUUAUUUCUUGAAGGACCUUGUGAAAGAAGGAGUCAUUGAUCUUAGCAAAUCUGGAGAAAGCAGAGGUGGUAUCGUUCUUCUUGUAGGAGGAGAUGGUGUAGCCGAGGUGGGACGAAACGAAGGAGGGGCUAUUGAUAAUGGAAUUCCAGGUUUUGCAGACGGAAGUGCAUAUGAUGAGGGAUUUGAUAGGCAGCUUGAGAAGGAACGUGUAGAAGAGUUCGUCCCGUAAACAGAAAAAAGCUUUUGCUUCAUCCGACAUGGUUCCCGAGCACGAAAAUUUGAAGAAAGUGAAAUCCUUACAUAGAGACGACGAAGGUAGUCGAGGAAAAACCGAAGAAGCCUAAACUCUCCGAUUUUAGCCGUGAAAAUUAAGCAAAAAUGAAUUUCAGCCUUUUCGUAUUGGGUUUAGAAGCCCCUUCAGUCAGGGCAGUUUUUUUGGUUGAAAGAAAAAGUUUGGGCUGUC